UGUUUGUAUACAAUGGAAUAUAGUAUACAGAAAUAUUGAUUUGUUUAGUUAUCGCAGUUAUCGCAACUCAAGUUCGCAAACCAGUAUUCAUGGGCGAAAGAAUGGGAACCCGGAAUGGCGCCGGCUGUCGCUUCUGUGGAGAUAGCGACGAAUUAAUCGCUUUGAACGAGGUGGUGGACUUCACCGAGGGUGCUAGUAUCGCUGCGACUAUCAAUGAUUUAGCGGGAGUAAAUAUAAAACCAGAAGAUGGCCGAUCUCAGUGCAUAUGUUUUCAACGAUGUUUGGCUCGUUUGCGCGAUUGCUACCAUUUCAGACAACAAAUACAAAAGGCAGAAGAAACGGUGCAAAGUUUCAGUGUACAAAUAAAGGAUGAAAUCGUGGUAACUAACGAUGAUAAUGUCUCCGAAGAAGAAUAUGUUAUGGAAUACCUAAUGGAGGAUGAUGAUAAUUGUGGGAAAGGAAUGAACGAAAUCGAACCAUACAAAGCAGACGACAUUGGAUUGACUGCUGAAUUUGUUUUGCCACCUGAAGAGUUUAUCGUUAAUCAAUUGGAAUAUGAAAACUUCAAUUAUCUAGAGUUCAGUGGUGAACGCUGCUGUGGAUGUAAACGUUUUGUGAAGGAUGUAAAUCAACUGUUAAGCCACUCCAAAGAGACUCACAUUUCCUUCGAAGAUUGUGCAGAAUUUUGUUGUAAUGUUUGCAAAACCAACUUCGAAAGUGAAACACAACUUCGAGAACACAAGACCUAUUUCAGCAUAAAAGAACUGUAUAUAUGUAAACUUUGUCAGCAAUGUUUUCAUGGGAGACAAUCGCUUAUGUUACAUAUGGAGAACAACGAAGAUCAUUCUAAUCGAACGAAGGAGCUUGCUAUGGACGAUGGCGUGUUAGUUGAGCCUCCAGCUGUAGGCCAAGAUAUCGAAAUUGAAUUCAGCUUACCAGAAGAUGUAGAGAAUAAAGCCCAGAAUCAGCGUCAAUCAACAAAAUUUCCAGAUCAGAAGUUGAUCAGCCAUAUAGAAGAGUACGACCAGUAUCAAGUUAUUCACGUAGAAAACGCAGAACGCUGUUGUGGGUGCGGAGUGUAUUUCGAAACAUUCGAAGAGAUGGUGCAACAUGCCCAACAGGAACAUCAACAUCGGAAAACUCCAGCUCCGAAUAAACCAUUCUGUGAAAUUUGUCACGAAAGUUUCAAGGCUGCGUAUGCUUUGAAUGCUCAUAAAACUCAUUGUCGAUUCGUGAGGCAACUCUACCACUGUAAACUUUGCAAAAUCAUUUACUCACGAAAAUUUCACCUGAAGCGGCAUUUCCAAACUGCACCCAAUCAUGUGAUAGAUAGCGAUAGUCUCGGACUCGUCAAGCCUAGCAAUCGUAACGCAUCGAAUGCUGGGUUUGCGUGCUGUUUUCUGAAAUGUUCACAUGUUUUCGGAAGUGAACAGCAGCUCCUCGCCCACGUUGACGAACAUCAUGGACCGCGUAGGAAAAUAAAUUCAGCAGAAAGAAUUAGUGAGGAACAUGUUUGCGUGAUUUGUUUGCGGUCUUUUGGUUCUCAGCAAUUACUGUUGCUCCACCGGAACCGUACACUGAAGAAGAAACACAUAUGUAGUUAUUGCGCGGAAGCUUUCCUUAUUCCUAGUAAACUCCGAGAGCACGAGCAGCUCGUUCACUCUGGAAAUGUUCCCCAGCACCCGUGUGACGUUUGUGUGAAAGUGUUCCGAACAGUGAAUCUUUUGAAAAUGCAUAAGCAAACGCACAACCAGAAGCGUGAAUUUUCCUGCGAUCAAUGCACAGCUCAGUUUCUGUUUCGUUUCCAGUUGAAAAAACAUGUUCGCGGUGUUCACCCCACAAACUUUCCUUACGAGUGUAGCUUUUGCGAGAAAAAGUUUUCCACCAAAGCAAAGUGUGAUCUCCAUUUGCGAUCCCACACCGGCGAGAAACCCUACAGUUGCCGGUAUGAAUCUUGUGGGAAGCAGUUUUCACACGUCACCGAUCGAAAACGACAUGAGAUGGGCGUUCAUACGGGUGAACGGCCAUAUCGCUGCGAACAUUGCCCUGCAGCGUACAUCCGGAAACGAGAACUGCUCAUGCACAUGCAAAAACAUCAGACAUUGAAGGGUUAAUUGAGAAUAAUCGGGGAAUUCGAGGGAGGUGAUAUUGCUGAUGUUCCUGCAAACUUGAAAUGACAAUAAACCAAAAAAGUU